UUUUUGUUAUCUUUACAGUGGGCAGAUACAUGCUACAAAGAUUUAAAAUGAGCAACUGGAAGCUUGCCUUCAUAUGGAUUCCGUUUGCCUCAAUUAAAGGCUGAGUAAAGUUUAGGAUCAUCUUGACGUGAGAAUGGCUGCUGGACAUAAAUUUUGGAGGUACUGUACAAUUUCAGUCCUCGUUAUAUUCUCAUUUUCUGCAUUCUACUUCUACAUCACAAGGAGAGAUCAUCAUCAUAUCUCAUCUACUUCACCAAACUCUCUGGAACUCAAGCCACAACCAAACAAUCCAGAACUCAAGCUGCAGCCAAAUGAGAGCCCUGGUUUACCCUUACCUUUGUCUACUACAAGACACCCAUUGACACCCCCUUAUCCUUAUCCUUAUAAGUUUCUCCUGAACCCACAAGAAAAAUGCCAGAAGCAGAAGCCCUUCCUUGUUUUACUUGUGAUUGGAGACAGUCAUGAUGCCAACUCACGAUUAACCAUUCGGGAAACCUGGGGAAAUGAAAGUAACUACAGAGAUGUUGCUGUGGUCACUGUUUUCCUGGUUGGUUUCUUUUCUGAUAAUAUGGAGAGUAAUCAGAAACUGUUAGAGGAGGAAAUGAAGACCUAUGGGGACAUAGUACAGCAGGACUUUAUGGAUACCUAUUAUAAUUUGACUCUUAAAACCCUAAUGGGCAUGGAGUGGAUUUCUAAAUAUUGUCCUGGUGCCAGUUACAUAAUGAAGAUAGACAGUGAUAUGUUUCUCAAUGUGGAAUAUCUUGUCCAACAACUGCUGCAACCAGAAUUACCAGUCCGUCAGAACUACAUUACAGGAUAUAUUGUAGCCAACUCAAGUCCUUUAAGGAGCAAUGAAUACAAGUGGUAUGUCCCUAUGGAAGUGUAUCCUAAUGACACCUAUCCCCCAUAUCCCGCUGGUGCUGGUUAUGUCUUCUCUGCUGAUAUGGCAAAAAAGAUUUAUGAUGUUGCUCAGACAAUUAGGGCAGUGCCAAUUGAGGAUGCCUUUGUGGGAAUCUGUUUGUAUGAACUGAAGAUCCCACUCACUGACCCACCUCCUAAUAAAAUAAAUGGGGACAGGAUAGAUUACGACCUCUGCCAGUUUAACAAGUUGAUCACAGUGCACCAUUAUGCAGGGGAUGAACUGCGGAGAGUAUGGACGGACUUCUGGACUCAGAGAUCAGGGUGCAAGGACUAAAGACUGAUAUAGUAUGGGGUCAGUGUUAAAUUGAAUAAAUUCUGUAUACUGUAUGAUUUAAAAGGGAACUAUUUCAUGGUUGAUAAUCCGUAUAUGGGACAAAUGAUUAAUUAUUAUAUUUAUUUACAUAGCGCUUACAGAGAUUAUACAAAAUUCUCUCCCUUCCUCAGUGGAGCUUACAGUCUAAGGUCCCUAUCACAUUCAAACCUGGGUCAGAAGCCAAUGAUCCAGUCAGUGGAAGGAAACAGGAGGAAGCACACUUAGGGAGAAUUACAAAAUUCUAUGCAGAUAUCUCCCAGCUUGGAAUCAAACUCAAGACCUAAGCACUAAGCACCUCAUCAAAAUGCCUCACUUCCUCUGGCAUUGCCUCUGACAAUCUGAUUUGUUUGUUCUACAAACCAAUAAACCUUUCCAGUUUUGGUACAAUGGGAGUCUUUUAUCAUGGACUUAAAGGGGUGGUCCACCUUUUAGUUAACAUCUAGUAUGUUAUAGAACGGGCAAUUCUAAGCAACUUUUCAA